AUGAUUUCAUACCUAAGAGAUCGGAUUCAAUUCAUAGUCGUCUCCUGCCUUGUCUCUCGCUCUUUAUAUAAUCGUCGUCCCAAAUCUGUAUCUCCACCAAUCUGGAACGCCAAGGCUCAGGAGGAGAAGAUGAACGCCAACAGAGACGAAACAGAGCGCGAAAAGGUCCUCGAGCUCGACCUUUUAGUCAAGCUCGGAGCGAUCAAGGCCGAGCCCGCUACGCCAGAACCCGCGCCGAGAGUGUUCUCGUGCAACUACUGCCUGAGGACGUUCUCUAGCCCUCAGGCUCUCGGUGGCCAUCAGAACGCUCACAGGCGUGAGCGAAACCAGCCGAGAGUGUUCUCGUGCAAUUACUGCCCGAAGACGUACCCCAGCCCUCAGGCUCUAGGUGGGCAUCAGAAUGCUCACAGGCGCGAGCGAAACCUCGCCAUGCGAGGCGCCGCCGCGGAAUUUCUGCAGUACGCUGGCCGGAGUCGCGACGUACCAGUGCGCUCCGUGAUCCACAUGCCGUACCUCGGUGCUCCGGCCGAGUCCGCCACUGCAGGUGGGCUGUUGUACAGGCCCCACAACGGAUAUUUGCGGUCCAACCCUGCAGCGUGGAGAGAAGUGCCGGCACUUCCGGCGCCGGCUGUUAAGCUCGAAGUGGAGUCGAUCGGGAGGCAAUGGAUAGGAGGGGAAGGCGGAGGAUCAUAUUCGAACGCGAAGCCAGGAGACUCGUCCAACUUUAUUGACUUGACACUUAGACUUUAG